AGAUGCAUUCCAGGGACCCGUCAGACAAUUCUUCAGAUUAUAGCCGACUGGAUCAACGAUCCGCUUGACGCUCGUCGCGUGUUUCUGCUCUAUGGGCCGGCGGGGUCGGGUAAGUCGGCGAUCGCUCAUACCAUAGCAGCCAUGUUCUACGAUAUGCUUCGCUUGGGAUCCUCGUAUUGCUUUGACAGGUCCAACAGCGAGCUUACUCGCGCUAUCCCCGUUUUCGCCACCAUCGCCCGCGACCUAUCCGAGCGUGAGCCUCAGAUUCGAAUUCAACUUUCGCGGGUCAUCGCCCGGGACUCCGCCCUUGCCACAUCGAACGAUCUUCGCGAGCAGUUUCGGCGCUUCAUCGUAGAGCCUGCGUCACAGCUCGCGAUCUCUGGGCCGAUUGUCAUCGUCAUCGACGCUCUUGACGAAUGUGACUCUUACGCACGCAGCAGUCUGUUAUCAAUUUUACAGAGUCAGGAAGCGGAGGAUGCGCUCCCGCGUAACGUUCGCAUCCUCAUCACCUGUAGGCCAGAGCCCGACAUCAUGGAC